AUGAGUACCCAUCCGGAAUCAUCUGAAAGGCCCGCAACAUCAUCAACUGAUUUGGCAAAUCUGGGAGCUCAGCUGAGCGAGGUUCUCAACCGGUUUAAUGAGCUAAGUGUUGAAAUGAUGGCCCAACGGCAUGUAAUCGAUCAAUUGGUAGCUAGUGGCGCUAGCGCUAUGAAUCCACCCGAAGAAACCUUUACUUAUCCCACUCAUGGCCCACCACCUACAUAUGCACCUCACAUCCAAACUAAUCCUCCUCAAGUCCAAAUUUCCCAGAAUUAUCCGCCCAUUACUGUGAGCAUGCCUUUCGAACCACAAGGACCACAUUAUUACGCCACCGCUGAACCAUUCACCCUAGAUACCGCCGUUCAAGGAAAACUGAAGUUGGGGGUCGUCCGUGCCCGUGGACAAGAAUUUACUAAAGAGAUUGGAUCGGUUCGAGGAGUUUAUAAGGAAAAGCCAAGGUGUGAGCAAACAAGGAGGUUUGGACUACAACGAGCUGUGCCUGUUUCCGGAUAUGCAGUUGCCGAGUAUGACGAGUUUAUAAGGGCAGGCAAGAUUGUUAAUGUUUCAGCUUUAAAGUCACAGUUGGAAGCUAUGCAGAGUCAGAGUGGCAGUAGUAAAAAGGCUCAAUUUAAGAAGAAAGAUGAGGAAGCCUCUUUUGUCUGGGACCAGGGUCGACCUGUUGACCAGUUAUAUGAGCAAUUAAAAGCUGCUGGGAAGAUUGGUACGGUACCCCCUAAGACCUAUCCCAGGGGAUUUCCCCCUGGUUAUGAUCCUCAAUCGUUUUGCGCUUAUCAUUCGGGAUCCCCUGGACAUCCGACGGCCAAUUGCUGGGCACUUAAGCAUAAAAUUCAAGAUAUGAUUGAUGCUGGAGACAUAAUUCUGAGAAGGAAAGAUGAACAAGGGCCAAGUGUUAGCAACAAUCCUUUUCCUCAGCACAAGGAUACUGUGGGGACUAUCACCAUAGAGGAAGGGAUUGAGGACCCUACACAGUACAUUGUAGACGAGGCCGAGAUCAUGGGGGUCAUUGGAGAACCGUUUAUAUUGGAGGAGGAAGCCUAUAAAGUUGAAGAGAAUACUGAUCCUUUUAUUUUGGAAAUGAUACCCUUCGAAUGUGAGCCUUCGGAACUCGUGGUACUUGAAUUGCCUGAGCAAACUCCUGUUCUUAAUUUACAAGAGGUCCCGUGGAAUUAUAGCGAACCUACACUGUUAAUUGGAGAGAGGAAGGUGCCUAAGAAGGAAGUGGAUGCCAUCACUAGAUCAGGGAGAAUCAUAGGGGAGCCUGCAGUUGAUGAGUCCUCAAAAGCAAAAGAAGGUGCUACACCAACGAAACCCAUAGUGACGGAUGAAGAGGCUUUUAAUUUCCUUAAGAUGUUAAAGAAGAGUGAGUAUAAGGUCUUAACUGAGGCUCAAGUGCCUAAAAAUAUUCCAAUUGACAAAUUCGCCAAUGUAGUUGAACAUGUUUUGGCUUCCAGUCGGAUUUCUUUUUCUGAUGAAGAUCUAACUGCCGAGGGGAUUGGACACAACAAAGCUUUGUAUAUCUCAGUCCGCUGUAACGGGAAACUCUUGCCAAAGGUUCUGAUAGACAAUGGCUCCGCUCUCAAUAUCUGCCCUUGGAAUACUUUGGUUAAGUUAGGAUUUCAAGAGACUAAAUUGCGGCCGUCAACCACUGUGGUGAGAGGAUUUGAUGGCGCAAAAAGUGAACCAAUGGGGGAAGUGGAUUUAGUGAUCGAAAUCGGACCUGCCCAGUUUCAGGUCAUGUGCCAAGUCAUGAAUUUUUCAAGUGUUUAUAACAUUCUCCUUGGACGGCCUUGGAUUCACACCUCGGGCGCUAUACCCUCUUCACUUCAUCAGUUGCUGAGGUUUGUGGUGAAUGAUCAAUUGAUCACAGUUUUUGCAGAGGAUGAUUGCACAAUGAUUGUUAACUCUGGACCAAAUGAGGAGGAUAGAUGGAUAUCUAAGGAGAAGCCCGUGGUGGAAAUGAAUCUGCCAGAAGCUAGUGUUAUGAUGGCUAAAGAGAUGAUUCGAGGAAGAUAUGAGAUGGGCAAGGGCCUCGGGCGCAACCUGCAGGGAGUUUUGGAGCCAAUAGAACUUCAAGGAAAGAAGGAUACUUUCGGAUUAGGGUUUCAACCUACUGCCAGGGAUAAGAAAGAAAUGAUGAAUCGUAAAAAGGCGGAGAAGGAAGGAAGGCAGCUUAUCAUGAAUAUCCCACCAUUGUAUUGUACUUUUCCUUACCCAUCAGAGGUGAUCAAAUCUGAAGUAGACCCGAUCGAGGAAGUGGAGGUUGGGUUAUCUGAGCUAUUUGUGGGGGUUAUUUCUGAAAGGGAGCCGUUGGAGGACCCAGGAUUUCCAGAGGUGCCUAUUGAAGCAAUGAAGAACUGGACCCAAAUUCAAGACGAGAGCGAUAACGAGGAAGAAUCUGAAUCUUUAUUAAAGGAUUUUGAACAAUAUGAGGAGAAAUCCAAACCGAACUUAGAAGAAACAGAAGCUGUUAAUAUUGGCACUGAGACUGAAGUUAAGGAGAUAAAAGUUAGCAUUCAUUUGAAUAAGAAACAGAGAAAAGAGAUGAUUGAGUUCUUGACCAUGUUUCAAGAUGUAUUUGCCUGGUCCUAUGAUGAUAUGCCUGGAAUUUCAACAGAUAUAGUGGUCCACCGAUUACCGACUGAUCCAAGUUUUCCACCAGUAAAGCAGAAACCUCGCAAGUUUAAGCCGGACAUGAGCCUCAAAAUUAAGGAGCAAAUCGAGAAACAGCUCAAUGCUAGAAUUAUUAUGGUGUCUCAUUAUCCCAUUUGGCUUUCAAACCCUGUACCUGUUCCGAAGAAAAGUGGAGAAGUGCGAGUAUGUGUCGAUUACAGGGAUCUUAACAAGGCCAGCCCGAAAGAUGAUUUUCCAUUGCCGAACAUUCAUAUUCUUUUGGAUAAUACCGCAGGGCAUGAGAUUGAAUCAUUUGCUGAUUGUUUUGCUGGAUAUCACCAGAUCUUAAUGGCUGAGGAGGAUAGGGAGAAAACUGCUUUUAUCACGCCAUGGGGGACAUUUUGUUACCGAGUAAUGCCGUUUGGACUAAAAAAUGCAGGCGCUACUUAUCAAAGGACUAUGACCACCCUUUUUCAUGAUAUGAUUCAUAAGGAGAUGGAGGUUUAUGUGGACGAUAUCAUUAUCAAAUCCGAGAGAACGGAGGAUCAUUUGAUUGACUUGGGGAGGUUAUUUGAAAGAUUGAGGAAAUAUGAUUUAAAACUAAACCCUGCAAAGUGUGCAUUUGGGGCCCCUGCCGGAAAGUUAUUGGGAUUCAUUGUCAGUAAGAAGGGUAUUGAGAUAGAUCCGGCAAAGAUUAAGGCCAUUCGUGAGAUGCCAGUGCCAAGAACGCAAAAAGACGUGAAGAGUUUUUUAGGAAAGAUUAAUUUUAUUGGGAGAUUCAUUGCCCAAUUGACCCAUACGUGUGAGCCUUUGUUCAAAUUAUUAAAGAAAAAUGUGUCCUUGCAAUGGAAUGAGGAAUGCCAGCAAGCGUUUGAUAAAAUUAAAGAUUACCUGUUGCACCCCCGGUUUUAG